UACUUGUACUUAAUAUUUAUUUCACAUCAACGCCUUUCCUCUUUUGAUUUCUCACUAGAUCUACACACGAUUUCACACAAUAAAGAAACAUCUCAAAAAACAUCCGUCAACAGUACUCCUUGAAGACUAGAGUGAAAGACCACCUUCGCUUAUUUUCCAAUCCACACACAUUUGCUUCAAAUUCUAAAAAAAAUGGACUAAUCCCACCCACCUAAUAAACAAUUCUCCUCACCAUCAUCAUACCAACAUGGGCAACAUCCCAUCUUACCUAUGUUGCAUCUUCCUAUUAUCUUAUCUAAGCCACCCAACUCAUGCGACUAGAUCUAGUGACAAAACCAUCAUCCUACUUGCUGGCCAAAGCAACAUGGCAGGCAGAGGCGGUGUCAUCAAUGAAAGAUGGGACGGUCUAGUCCCCGAUCAAUACGGCGCAACCCCUUCGAUCCUUCGCCUCAAUGCGAAGCAUCAAUGGGUUGUGGCCACUGAGCCACUGCACCGUGACAUUGAUACGUACCAUACAUGCGGGGUUGGGCCAGGGAUGUCAUUGGCGCACACUGUUGUGCGGAGAGCAUUGAGUAUUGGCACAGUUGGGCUUGUACCGUGUGCGGUGGGUGGGACGAAUAUUAGUCAGUGGUCCCGUGGUAGUCAUUUGUAUAAUCAGUUGUUGAAAAGGGCGUGGGCUUCGUUGCGUGAUGGUGGGACAAUUCAGGCAUUGGUUUGGUAUCAAGGAGAAAGUGAUACACUUUUUAAGCAAACUGCUGAAGCGUAUAAACGGAGAUUGUUGCAGUUUUUUUUGGAUUUUCGGACUGAUCUUCAGUCUCCCAUGCUUCCCAUUAUCCAGGUGGCUAUAACAUCAGGAGAAGGGCGAUUUAUAGAAGAAGUGAGGCAGGCUCAAAUGGAAGUUGAUCUUCUGAAUUUCGAGACAGUCGACGCCAAAGGACUGCCAUUGGAGCCAGAUAAUUUGCAUCUCACUACACCAGCACAAGUCCAACUAGGAGAGAAAUUGGCUCAUACAUUUUUACAGUUUCUCCCUGGGCAAGUACAAAGCAAUGCUGGUAGUUUCUUAGUAAGCAAUGAUGCAGGCAGUCUCUUACAAAACAAUCGCUUUUAUACUUCCCUUACUGCUUUGCUUUUGAUUUUUUUAAGAUUGCAAUAGCAGUACAUAAGCUAUAGUUUGUGCAUCUAUGAGUCCUCAAAUAUGCCAGCUUUAAAAUCUUCUAUUUGUUAUACAAGAAAUGAUAUUGAAUAUUAUUUUUUAGCCAAAA